AUCAUAUUAGUACUUAAUGUAAAAAAAAAAGAAGCAAUAACUACUUUUAGUUGAGGUGAGUGGAGAGAGUGACUCGUCAGCAGUAACAUGUACACGUAACUCGGAAGAAUCUGCGUCUGUUCAAGUCGCUUCGCCUGCUAAAAGUAGCCGCUACAAAACAUGCUGCAGUAAUGAGGCUGACCUAUAUUCAUCAAGUAAACUGAUAGGAUGAGGCUGGUCAUUCUGGACGACUAUAACCUGGCCAGCGAGUGGGCAGCAAAAUACAUCCGCAACAGAAUCAUCCAGUUCAAGCCGUCUGCUGACAGAUACUUCACCCUGGGUUUACCUACAGGGAGUACUCCUUACGGCUGUUACCAGAAGUUGAUUGAAUACUACAGAAAUGGCGAUAUUUCUUUCAAAUAUGUGAAAACGUUCAACAUGGAUGAGUACGUCGGUCUGCCUCGUGCUCAUCCAGAGAGCUAUCACUCCUACAUGUGGAACAACUUCUUCAAGCACAUUGACAUCGAUCCAGCCAAUGCUCACAUCCUGGACGGAAACGCAGAAGACCUGGAGGCAGAGUGUCAGGCUUACGAGCAGAAGAUCGCAGGGGCCGGAGGAAUCGAGCUGUUUGUAGGAGGUAUCGGUCCUGACGGUCACAUAGCGUUCAACGAGCCGGGUUCCAGCCUUGUUUCCAGGACCAGAGUGAAAACCCUGGCAAAGGACACCAUCGUUGCCAAUGCUCGUUUCUUUGGCAACAACCUCUCCAAAGUUCCCACCAUGGCUCUCACUGUGGGGGUGGGAACUGUCAUGGAUGCCAAGGAGGUGAUGAUUCUGAUCACAGGAGCACACAAAGCCUUCGCUCUGUACAAAGCCAUAGAGGAGGGAGUGAACCACAUGUGGACGGUCUCAGCCUUCCAGCAGCACCCUCGCACCAUCUUCGUUUGCGAUGAAGACGCCACCCUGGAGCUGCGGGUCAAAACAGUCAAAUACUUCAAAGGUUUAAUGCACGUUCAUAACAGACUGGUGGACCCAGUGCUCAGCAUAAAGGACCAGUAACACACAGAUCACAGAGGAAGCGAAGUUGAGACAUCAAGGUGGUCAGAUCCCUGGAUGCCACCUGAAUGGACAGCCUUGUUACUCUGGUACCGUCGUAUACCUAAGGAACUGUUGCGCCAGUGUUUCCUGUGCAUAUUGCUCAGUUAAAGACUUGAACUGCCUUUGGAUAAUGCAAGCUUCAGAUCGUUCCCAUCGUUAAUGAGGGGCAAAUACAUGAUCUGGUGUCUUGAAUUUUAAAUGUGAUUAUAAAAAUGGCUGCGCUCCUCAACAGAAGAGUUCGUCCCUCUGAGAUAGUUUGUUUCACGCUUAACAUUUAAGAUAUUGUGCCAUGUUACUGAUUUGAAUCUGUGCUGGUGGUUCAGGUUGGGGUGUGUAGUGAACCAAGCUUUGGCCAAUCGUUGAUGAAAAAAACCAAAGGAACCACCUACAUGAAACAUUAUACCACAUAGAAUCUAUUACACCAGUGAGCACUUAAUGAACAUACUUAUCACAAAUAAAUGUUUGUUUUUUUUGUUUUUUGGUAAAGGUUUUACAUUUAUGUAGCACAUCCACAGUGGGUACAUUUCAGUACUUAUGUCACAAAAUGAUUAGAACUGAAGGUCCACUCAUUUUUCUUUAUUGUCUUUAUUUUUCUCAGUUGUCACCAUGAAACUUCAGUCACGUGUUGAACACUACCAAGUGGUUGUACAUGGUGGGAGGGGGUAACCUCCGUCUCUGUUCAAAGAUAGUCUCUGGUGUCAGAUGAGGAUAAUGGCAUUAGAUCUGUCAUUAGAUCCUUAAUUUGAGUGAGGAAAAGCUGGCUGUACUGAACACAAACGAUGGAAGAAAUGGAAGCGGAGUGGAAUGUGUCCAAAUCAGAAAAAUAACAGGUUACGAAAGAGUUACUCGUCUUUGGUCCAACCUUUAUAUCGUGUCAUACUCAUGUUAAGUAAUAUCAGACAAAAUGGAAAGUAGACCUUGAUGACAUUAUUUACUCCCAGUGACUUUUACUCGCUGUCAUAGUUUCCUCUCGUAGGAUCUGAAUUCAACACUUCACUUGUUAGUCAGAAUUCUUUUCAGCCUUUUGCUUAUGUCCAGUGCAAUAGUGUGACGCGCUCACAGCUGUAGUGUUGGGUUACAACAUUCCUACCUGUGUUUACUUUUAUCAUGAUGUCACUCCCUCUCUUUAUCAGGUUGUUACAAUGACCAGUCAGUGUUUGUGUACUAACAGUAUACUGUAGUUUCUACUCUUUAUUUUGUAAUGACAAUAAAAAAAAAAAAAACUUUGCUAAGAA